AUGUUUUGUUGAAAGACUGAAAAUAUUAAAUAAGGGAACGUAAGUUUUCUGAAGGGAAGUGCUGUGCUUGCCGGGCUGGCUCUAGCAAGACAAGUCUAGCCACUGGAAGAGGAGCAGAAAGAAUUGAGAUCAGCAGGCGCAGAGGGUUGCUGGUGCAAUAGACCUGUAAGGAGCCAAGAUGUCUUCGCCAAAUGUUGUCAGUAUGGAAGAAAUACUGCUGGAAGAUGAUGAGCGAGACAGCAUAGAAUACAAGAUCCUACUGGCCUAUGCCCAGCGGCGGUUGCCUGUCAGUAAAUAUGGGAAACUUCUGAAAAACGAAGAAAUGUUUUUCAGAAGAAAUGUGCAGAAAUCAUCAUCCUUAAUCAGGAGACAACUAAAGAUUGGCCAUCCAAGGGAUAUAGAUGGAUCAAGACGAAGAGCAUUUUGUCAGGGUCAUGAAAUGCAGCGACAAGGCGAAACUCAUGAGGAAACAAAAUACUUGCCAGGACAUCAUCUACCUUUUCCCUGCAUCAGAACAGAGUCCCCAACGGUGUCACCGCAGGGAGGUCACACAGCACAUUUCUCCUGUUUUGAGAAUCAAUCCAAGAUCCUUCGACAAGGGGAAUCCCAGCAUCAGACAAGUGAAACAGCAGAUGUCAACCACAUUGCAGACAAACUUGCCAAGCUUGUUACUUCCAGAUCCCAGGAACCUCCUUCAGAUGUGUCAUCCAAGAUAAGUGAUCUUACUGAUGGAAGUGAGGGCAAGGAAUGUGAUGAAGAACAGAUAAUACAAACAAUAGUUUCACUGUUAAAACAAUCAGGGGACCAACUAGAAGAAAAGGUCAAAAAGGACAGUGGUUUAUAUCAGCAUUUUAAAGACAUGCUGUCCUACACUUUCUUCGAGAGGAUCACUGACUUAUUCCUGGAAGGUGUCUCAGCAGAUUCAACAAGUGAGCCAGAAGGCCAAGUACAGUGCAAAAAAGUUGCCUUUACAAUGGAAGUUGCCACGAGACUUACUGCUGUGGAUAACCAUCCCAUGAACCUGGUCUUGGGCUUUGGUGCUAAGUACCUCAGAGAACACUUCAAGCCGUGGAUUCAGGACCAGGGCGGUUGGAAGAAGGCUUUGACUUCACUGGAUCAGGAAGAAGUAGAGUAAUCAUGACUGAAUUCAUUCUUCAGGGAGCAGGAGCCUUCGAUUAAGGAACACCCAGGAUCUUACCACAGCCCAAUGCCAGAAUGAUUAGUGGUUAUGUAUUUUUAUUUUUCCCAUGCAAGGUUGGAGUGUUGCAUGGCUGAUGGGUACAAUCGCACUUUCAUGAAGCUGGUAUUGUAGAAGUGUUUUUCGUAUGGAUAUGAAGGCACUUUCAACUCCCCUGGAGUAUUGAGACCCAAAAGUAGUGAUUUUAGGUACCUUUCUCAGUAGAGAUGCUUGCCACUUUCCUAUGGAUGGAUGUUAAAGUGUAAACUGGAGAAAAAUAUCAAACUAUGCAAUCAAGAACCACUGGACUGUGAUUAACCAUCCACCAAGUGAGACAAGUGCUGCCAGCUUUGCGUGGUUCAUAGUGGUACCGUCUGUUACCAGUUCUACAGUCCCUUGUUAGAAGACAUACCUACACACUCUGUUAGUUUCCUAUCGCCUGCCUGCUCCUCCUCUGAUUAGAUCCUCCAAAUUAUUGAUGCCAUUUUAUACUUCUGAAAGGGACUGAGUAAGGUUAAUGAGGGCUUUUUGCUCCAGUGCCCUCCUCAAUCCCCCAAGAAAAGAGACUUGAUCUACAUACUACAGAUGCUUUUAAUUUCAACUCUUCUGUUUUAAACCCCUUCAAAGCAUAGCACGAUAGAUACUGGCUUUUACAACAUUAUUUUGUACUGUGUGGAAGAUAUAAACACUGUGAGAGCUUUGUAGUCCAAGAAAUUUUAAACUUAUCCUACUGUGUCAGUUUUCCUCCUUAUUCAUAAGGAGCUCAAUGCUACAUGUAAUCUCAGGGAUUUCGCCAUAAACUGACCUGGCCCUUCAGCCACUGAAAACAAGUGAUCUGGUUAGAGUUCUUGAAUCUGUGUGUGUGGCAGUGGAAGGAAUAACAGUGCAUCAUUGAGAGGAGAGGCAUAUGCCAGAGAAACUAUACAUGAUUUUGAGCCUUGGUUUGUGGCCUGCUGAGUUGGUGACUGUUGGAUUUCUGUCCCUGGUAAAUCCCCAGUGGAGAAAGAGGGAACUCUGGACAUCUGCUGAAGCUGUAAAGCCGUGGUGCUGCUUCUGCGACUUUCCAGUACCAAGAGGUAAUAUUUCCUCAACUGCCUCUCAGUAAGAUACCCUUCCAUUAUGGGUGCUCAUUCUGAAUGUACAAGAACAUUAACUGCAAAGAUUGCAUGAAGAAAUUAUUAACAAAUCAUGAAUUUGAGAGAAAGUGGUAAAAAGCGUUUU